AUGGGGUGUAGCAGCAUUCCUGCAGAUGGUAGUGGAAGUAAUGAGGGGCUCCUCAUUACUGCUGGAUGGGGGGAGUUCUGGCCCCCAGUAGUCUGUACUGAUACCACCCUGGCUGAGGGGGGCAGGGUGCCUCAUUACUGCUUCCUCCAUGGACUCGCUCCCCAUUGUGGGGCAAAGGAGGAGGACCUCAUUACCCCUCAGCUGUGGUUAAUAUCCUGCCUCUCCGCUAGACCUCACAGACGCCCGCAGUGGAGAGGGGAAGGGAUGUCUUGUUAUCACCUCCUCUGCUAUCCCCACUGGGACUGCAGGGGUGACGCCUUCUCCCCUCCUGGCAGGGAUGAAAGUGCUUCUGUCUUGCUGUCCUACUCAGCCUUCCGGACAGCACUUUGA